GUAGGUUUGCAUGCAAAAAUAAAAAUGGAAUUAAUGGAAAAUGAAGUAUUUGUUUCACAUCCUUGGACCUUGGCUAAUAAAAGUGGUUUGGGGUUUUAACAUCACUUUACUGCCUUUUCACCUGUUUGGAGAGCGCGUAAAAAAACAACACCCUCUUGAUUAUUUCGUACCAAGAAUAUUUUUGUCCACAAACGCUUGAGAUGAGCAACGAGUGUUUUGAGCCGCGUUGGACAUGUGCACUGCUGGUGAUCCCUCAGAAGCCUGUUGGAGAGGAGCGCAACUUUGCUGCGUCUAGGAGAUUCACCGGCGAUCCAUCAUCUAUCCAGCGCUGUACCACCGGGCGCGCAGGUGGACGCGGAUCCCGUAGUUUCCAGAGCUUUACCGAGGGUAUUUUGGAGUAAUGCCGGGCUCUUGGAUUUGGGGUGCGUUGGGCAGGUUGCUGUGGCUCUCUUUACUUGCGCCAAGCGCUUUGAUGAUGCUGCUUGUUCCCCCAGCAUCUCUGGCACAUCCACAGCCAUGUCAGAUUCUGAAGAGGAUCGGACACACGGUGAGAGUCGGAGCUCUGCACCUGCAGCCUCGAGUGUUCAGGCUGGAUUCACUCAGAGGGAGAGACACAGACUGGGAAGCAGACAGAGAAACGUGGGAAGAGUGGGACACGAUGACCCAAAGUGGGCACGAACGAGGAUGGAGGGGUAUCAGGACUAAAAGCUCAGCGAAUAACCCCCACAAGGCCUUCAAAAGUAAAAGCGCACUCAAACAAGUGGGUCCGGACACUGUGUUUCUACCUCGAGACUCUGUUCUGCUCGCUACAGAGACUCUCAAUCGAGUGGCGGGGCUUUUACCUUACAACCUCAGCCUUGAGAUAGUCAUGGCCGUGGAAGCAGGACUGGGGGAAUUACCUGCUUUCUCCUUUUCCUCCUCAUCUACACCUGCCUGCGCAGAUCCCGUGUCGUUCCUGCAAAGUGUUUGCCACACUGUCAUCGUGCAAGGAGUUUCUGCCAUCGUCGCGUUCCCACAGAACAGGGACGAGCUGGUGAUGCUGGAAUUUAUCGCCACGACGCUACAGAUUCCGGUCAUCAGCGUCGUCCAGAGCGAAUUCAAACGCCAGUGUCAGAACUCUCUCCAUUUCCAGAUGGCCUUGCAAAACCCUCAAACCGCUCAAGCAGAUCUCAUCUUCUCCCUGCUGUCCAUGAAUAACUGGUAUGAUGUCAGUCUGGUGAUGUGUCAACAGAUGAAUAUUUCAGACUUUGUUUUCUUGCUCCAUAACAACUCCAAAUUUCAUCUGGGGACAGUCCUCAAGAUAUCCACCAAUGGUAGCUCCAAAAGUGACUUUCAGAUGUCCCUACAAGUUCAGCUUGAGUCCAUUAAGGACUCGACAUCUACUAUAGUGACCUUUGGAUGUGACAUCAGGGAUAUAAGGAGAAUCUUUACUACGAUUGCAAAGUUUGGUCUGAUUCUACCCGAUUACCAUUGGAUUAUAGGAGACUCUCAGAAUGUGGAGGUAUUGCGGACAGAGGGGCUUCCCAUGGGUCUUAUUGCACAUGGUGGUAUGGGUGAGCCCUCGCUGGAUCAUUAUGUCCAGGAUGCUUUAGAGCUGGUGGCACGAGCGGUGGGAUCGGCUGCCAUUGUGUCUCCAGAACUGGCGCUGAUUCCUGGCAUCACAAAUUGCCUGGCAAGCCUUGAGACUAAAAAUCUCACAUCCGGAGCCUUUCUGUCCAGAUACAUGGCCAGCAUGUCUUUUGACGGCCUAAGUGGCUACAUCAAUGUUCAGGAGGAAUCAACCAUCAUCUCUGAAAGCCAUCACUUCAUAUGGAAUCUCCAGCAGGACCCAAUAGGCAAACCCAUGUGGACGCGCCUUGGCAGCUGGAAGCAAGGCAAACUGGUUAUGGAUUAUAGAGUUUGGCCUAACAAGAGACAUUCUCAGGCAGGAGUGGACUGGCGGCAUUCCUCUCGUCUACACUUGCGCGUCGUCACCCUGGUAGAACAUCCGUUUGUCUUCACCCGAGACGUUGAUGAAGAAGGCUUGUGCCCGGCUGGCCAGCUGUGCCUUGACCCCCUAACAAAUGACACAUCCUUAUUGGAAAACCUUUUUCAGGGUUUGCAAGGUGCCAACGACAGUGUCUCCAUGGCGUUAAAAAAAUGUUGUUAUGGAUAUUGCAUUGAUCUUUUGGAGAAGCUGGCAGAGGACAUGGGCUUCGACUUUGACCUCUAUAUCGUGGGAGAUGGGAAAUAUGGAGCUUACAAGAACGGUCGCUGGACGGGGCUGGUAGGGGACCUCAUGAGUGGAGCGGCACAUCUGGCCGUCACUUCCUUUAGCAUCAACUCAGCACGCAGUCAGGUCAUCGACUUCACCAGCCCCUUCUUCUCCACCAGUCUGGGAAUCCUCGUCAGGACUAGGGAUACCGCCGCACCUAUCGGCGCCUUCAUGUGGCCCCUGCACUGGAGUAUGUGGCUGGGAAUAUUUGUGUCUUUACACGUGACGGCCGUGUUCCUGACCUUGUACGAGUGGAAAAGCCCUUUCGGCAUGACUCCGAGGGGAAGGAACAGGGACCGUGUCUUUUCUUUCUCCUCUGCGCUAAACGUUUGCUACGCAAUCUUAUUCGGCAGGACUGCCUCCAUUAAGCCACCAAAGUGUUGGACCGGCAGAUUCCUCAUGAACCUCUGGGCCAUAUUCUGUCUGUUCUGCCUUUCAACGUACACGGCUAAUCUCGCCGCUGUCAUGGUUGGUGAGAAAACCUACGAGCAACUCUCAGGUAUACAUGAUCCCAAGGUAAGAUCAACUUGUGUUUACCAUUUUCAGAUUAUGUCAAUGACUGGCAGGCUUAGAGGUUACAAAUCUACUUCCUGGUUGAUGAAACCGGUCCUUUUGCUUUUCAAGCUCCACCAUCCAUCACAAGGUUUCCGCUUUGCAACCGUUCGGGAGAGCAGCGCUGAGGACUAUGUGAAAAAGAGCUUCCCAGAGAUGUAUGAAUACAUGAGACGUUAUAAUGUCCCUGCAACCCCUGAUGGUAUAGAUCUUCUUAAGGAUGAUCCCCAAAAGUUGGAUGCUUUUAUAAUGGACAAAGCACUUUUAGACUAUGAAGUGUCUAUUGAUGCAGACUGCAAGAUGCUGACAGUGGGAAAGCCUUUUGCGAUUGAAGGAUAUGGCAUUGGGCUCAAACAGAACUCUCCUCUCACCUCAAAUAUCUCUGAGCUGGUCAGUCAGUACAAAUCUGAUGGAUUUAUGGACAUGCUGCAUGAUAAGUGGUAUAAGGUGGUACCCUGCGGUAAAAGAAGCUUCGCAGUCACUGAGACGCUACAGAUGGGGAUAAAGCACUUCUCAGGGUUAUUUGUCAUGCUGUGCGUUGGAGUGGCCCUGUCUCUGCUCACCACACUGGGUGAACACAUUGUCCAUCGCUGGCUGAUACCCAGAAUGCAUCAGUCAUCACAGCAUAAAUACUGGCUUCACACCAGUCAAAGAUUACAUCGAGCACUUAACCCGACUUUCAAAGAAGACAAAUUACAGACUGUUGCAAAACUGGAGAAAAGCUGCAAUGUUGGAAACAACCAACAAAUGCCGUUGAACUCUUUGGGAACCUCCAACUGCAACAGACGAACACUGUCCAGUCAAGAUGGACAACAAAAUGACCUGGAAUGUUCUCACUGUAAAGAGCUGCUGUCCCCACAGGACAAGAGACAACUUCCGUUACAGACCACAUCGAACGGAAGAACCGACUUGCUGGGCCUUUCCCAGAACCCCAUAGUACAGGAACUGACAGACCUGGAAACACAAAUCCAGCUUAUCAAAAAGCAACUACAGCUUGCCAUAAAGAAGAAAAAAGAGCUGGAACAGUAUCAGAAGACAAAGACAUCGACCGAGUCCUAGACUCAUGGGAGAUUUAGCUGGAGUUUUAUGGGUUACAUUGUUCAAAGGCUUGGACCUACCAGUUGAUUAUUUCAAUUGUGUCUCCUAAGGGA